AUGAAAACCUCUUUCCUCAAUGCGACAACCCCCAACACGCGCUCCCCUCGAAGAGCAACAGAUAAGGGCGUGGGAAGAUUCGAGGGGGAAACGAUGAUGAAUUUCAAUACUAUUUUCUAUUUACUAAGGUUGUCCGUAAAGUCACGAAAGCGCGUGUUUUGGCGGCGUGUUUGGUCAUAUUUUCUAAACGCAAAAAUUUCAGACAACGCGUUUGGCAAAACUCACAUCAUAUCGAAAAUUGGGGGCAUGUGA